UCCCCGAGUCUCCGCUCCGAGUCCUCGCUGGAACAGGGCUUGCGCAUUACUGUUGGGAAUGACCGGUACUGCCUCGGCACACCAGAGCGAAGGAGGCUGCCCGAUAGGCUGGGCUCACCAACUGAUAACCUGAGUGACAGGGAUGAUAUGGCUGAUGGUCCAAUAUUCACUAGAGGCCUGUCAUGUUCUCGAGGCAUUGAGAGGUACCCCUCUCAUGAAGAUCGACCUUCGAGUCCCUUCCUCGUGAGACAUGACGAAGACUACCGCAGCCGAGACGUUUUUGUCUAUCGCUCAGAUUACAGUCCGCAUUACGGUCAUCGAGAAGAGCUGCCUCGUGCAUCUGACAGAGAUGGUGACAAGCCCAGGAAGUCCUCCUACCCAGCGAGGCCAGAAGAGAGGGGCCGAGAAAUAAAACGUCCACGAUAUGAAAAGGACGAGAAGAUGCAUAGUGUGAGUGGAGAGCAUCAGGGUUUCUCUUCAGGAACACGAAACUACCGCAGACGAAGCCACAGCCGCAGCCGCAGUAGGAGCCCGAGCCCAUCCUACCUGAACGAAGAGUUCAGAGAGCUUGACCGUGCAAGGAGGAAAAGAGAAGAAGAGGAGCGCAGUAGAAACUUGAAUCAUGACGUUUCAGGCAGCAGUUAUGUGAUCCCUGGAUUGACUAACACACUACAGACUUCGCAGCCUCGGUAUACGUAUAGGCCUGAGGAAAUCCCAUCCAUGCCCAGAAAAUCUAUUUUGAAGAAGCGAGUGGAGACGGAAGUAGAGUCUCCUAUUCAGCCUGAGGGCUUUUCAAGUAGUCCAGCUCCCAGCAAGGAUCUUCCUCUUCUUUCUAGUCAUUCGUCUUUACCCCAGAGCGAUGACACAGCUCCUUUUGCCUCUGAAGUGGAGAACUUUCUCAAACGGUUUACCAAAGACUCUGUUGUGGAGUCUGCAAACAAGGAGUUCUGUGAUGGUUUGUAUGAGUGGAGCCCACUUUCUGGGGCUCCCAAAGACACUUUCAUGUUUGAAGAGAAAUUUGGGAGCUUCUUAAGUCACAAAGAAAAGGCGGAACCCAAGUCAGAGCCUGCUGAUCGCCAUUCUGACUUCCUGCUGCCUCAUGAGAGGGCCAGUCAGGAUGGCAGUGGUUUCUCCCGAAUUCUGGGCAUGAUGGCUGAUUCUGUCAGUGCUCAGGAGAAGAGGAGACGUAGUUUUCCUGACAUUGAGGAUGAAGAGAAAUUUCUUUAUGGUGAUGAGGAUGAGGACACCAAAACUGAAUCCCUCCCUGUUCAUAAACCCCCAACGAGUUGUGGCAAUGAGAUAAUAAGCCAGAAAGUGAGCCCACCUCCUACUCCUGCUCCAGCUGCCAAGCUCGAUCCUUUAGAAGAGCCUAAUGCCGAGUAUGCAAAGAUCCAUGACUUACUCAAAACCAUUGGACUUGACAUUGGUGUUGCUGAAAUUGGAAAACUGGCUGUUCGUACCCAGGAACGCCUUCACGGCAAAAAGUUGGCAUCUCGUUCUCCUGACCGUCGCUCUUCAGAUCCCCGCAGACUGGACCCCUGGGACUUGCGGCGCAGCCGGAGCGACACUCGUUCUCCUGAGUCGGGCCAGCAACGCUCAGCGUCGCCUCCAGUCUCCUUCCAGCAGUCCAAAGAUGCAUCUUCUCUUCGGAAAGCAGACUACACGAAGAACAAGCCGGUGCGACAGACUAUACCUCCGCGUGCACCUGAACAGCCUCUUCCUUCUGUCUCUCUCAUUCCCUCAAUUCCACCGGCUCCUGCUAGUUUGCCACCUACACCUACUUCUGUUUCCCAGUACCAGAUUCCCAACUAUUCCAAAUUCACUGCCACUCAGAUGCACCAAAACUAUCCACCUCCCACAAUGGCUCCUCCAGGCUACGAUGUGUAUGGACACUAUAUGGCGUACGCGGCCCCUGGCUGGCCCAUGUACCCUGCUGCCCAGCAGCCUAAUCCUGCACUGCCAGAAGCUCACAGUCUUCUUACUGUGGCCAUGUCAGUGAACCCCACACGUCCCAACCUCCGGGUGAUUGAGACAGUCUCUAUGGGGAAGGACGUCCCUGAUGUAAAAAGAGAUGGCUCUGUGCUCGUUCCUGUCCCUACCACUCCAACUCAUUCCAAAGCACCUCUUCGUCUGUCUUCGCAUCCUCUCAAAAAUACCACAGAAAAGAUGUCAGAUGAAAAAAAUCGGGCAGCUCAAAAGCAGAAGGUGAUAGAAGAGAGAGAAAAACUGAAGAACGAACGAGAAGCACGUCAGAAGAAGCUUUACUAUCUCAAGACAGAACUGGACAGGCUUCGUAAACAGCAAGGAGAGAUGUUGAGGAAGAAACGUCGUGAGAAGGAUGGACACAAAGACCCCUUGUUGGUUGAGGUGAACAGACUACAAGAGAAUAUUAUGAAGGAGAUUUCAGAGCUGCAUAAAGAAUCUGAUGCAGCUGACAAGAAGCAGUCUGAGCUUGACAAAGUAGCACAAAUCCUGGGGAUUAACAUAUUUGAAAAACCCCGGAAACCAUCUGUGGAAACCAAAGAUUCAUCGGAGAAGAACAACAAGUCAGAAAAUGCAAAAGGCCUGGAGAAGACAUCUUCCUCCAACAAGGAAUCAAAAACUACUAAUGAAAAAUCCAGAGGUAGAAGCCCGAAGCCAGCAGAAUCCUCUUCACAGUCUUCCAAACAUCCUUUCCAGUUGGCCAAUAUUUAUGAAUAUUAUGAUGCAGGGAACCACUGGUGCAAAGACUGCAAUACCAUCUGCGGAACCAUGUUUGACUUUUUCACACACAUGCACAAUAAGAAACAUAGACAGACCCUGGAUCCUUACAACAGACCUUGGGCUUCGAAGACCCAGAGUGAGACCAAACAAGACUCCAUAAAACGCAUCGAUAAGAUAACUGUUCCUGCCAAAGGCUCUGAGUUUCUGAUUCCCAUCACUGGAUAUUAUUGCCAGCUCUGUCAUGAAUUUUUUGGAGAUCAAAUCUCAGCAGAGCAGCAUGUGAAAAGUCAUCCCCACAAUGAGAAAUAUAAGAAAUACAUAGAUGAAAACCCACUCUAUGAAGAGAGGAGAAAUCUAGAUCGUCAAGCUGGAUUGGCUGUAGUUCUGGAGACAGAGCGCAGGCGGCAGAAUGAGCUGAAACGGAAAUUAGUCGAGAAGCAGAAAGAAGAGAAGGAUGAGAAGAAAGCAAAAAUAAUAAAGAAAGAGGAAGCAAAGAGCAUCCCAGAGCUUGGAGAAGGGACUAGUGAAACUCAAGGCAAAGUAGAUUCUUCUGGAUGCAAAACGGUUAUCAAGCCUAAGCUGAGGAAGGAAGAUAAGGAGGAGGAGAAAAAAGGAGAAAAGAAAGAGGAAUCUAAAAAGGAAUCGCCAAGCCAGACCUCCUUUGGGAAAUUCAGCUGGAAAAAGAUUGAGAGAGAGGAUAAAACCCCUGGAGGAGCUGUUCCAAAAGAGGAGAGUACGGAAGGAAACAAAGAGGAGAACAAGUGUCAGUCUGGGAAACCCCAUGUCAAGCCCAUUGAAAUCAAGCUGUCUGGGAAAACUGUUAUUCCACACACUAGCCCGUGGACACCAGUUGUAUCCACAUUAACACAGGCAAAAAUUUUACCCAAUUUACCAGUCCCCACCAUGAUUUUCAGGAAGACUGCAACUGCAACAGUUAGCAAACCAGCACCUUUGAACACGUUUUUAUCCAUAAAGUCCUCUGGAGCUACCACCAAACCAUUGCCUGUGGUCAAAGAAACCAAUGCAGAUAUUCUGCUGCCUCCAGAUAUCAUCUCAAAAGCAUUUGGGGGAGAAGAAGUAAUUUUAAAAGGGGCAGAGGAGGAUUUGAAAGCAGCAGAGAAAAGUGAGUCUUCUCAGACUUCUAGUAUACCACCUCCACCCCGUCCUUCACCAGCAGUGCAGCAGACAGCUGUCAUCCCUGCAGAUGAAGUAGCUCCAGGUGUAUCUGAAAGUGAUCAGACAAUUCUGGCAAUGCCUGUGAGACCCCCUCCACUACCACCUUCAACUGCUUUCAGUGAUCAUGCAAAAAAGGUGGAGAAACGAAACUCUUGCUUGGCCACAGCCAAUGCUAAAGAUCUCUAUGAUAUUUUCUACAGUAGCGGUGGAAAGGGUUCAGCUGACAGCAAGCUUGCAAGUUCUGCACUUCCAAAUGGGGAAAGCUCUAACCUAGCAAAACCUGCAGACUCAUCUGCAAACCCUAGAACAAAUAAUAACUCAUCCUCCUUGAAAGAAGAUUCUCAGAAUGAAGGGUUCUCACAGUGUAAUAAUCAAAUAACAGGGAAUUGUGAGAGUGAGGCUGAGACGAACAAGGAGCCCCUUCAGCCUCAACUGUCUGUGGUCACAGAACUGUCAGAAACAAAAACUACUUCUGGUAUCCAGACACCUGCAGAAAUUGGACUUGUGGGUAUAGGAGGCAGAGAGCAAGGAGGCAGUCAGGAAUUCUCUGAUUUACAGAAAACAGAGUUCCAAGUGAAAGUUGGACAGGCAGAUGCAAAUAAACCUGCAGUUACUAAUGCAAAUGUUCCUGGUACUUUGAAGAAAUAUGCAGAGAUGAAAGACAGGGAAGUGAAAGUGGUAAAGCCUGAGCUUAGCUUAUACCCAAAGACUUCGUUGCCUGAAGCACAGAAUGAAAUCAGAAAUUUGGGAAAUUCCCAUUUGGUAGAGGAAAAAAUAAGUGAUAACUGUAGAACUCACUCAGAAAACAAUAGUCCAGACUUGCUCUGAAGUUCUGGUGGAUGGAACACUUCCAGAACUAGUAAUGGAGAACAGGUUGUAACAACUCAUUCUUGUUCUGAAAGUGGUUGGGAUUUAUCAAAUACUCCAUGUAGAGAAACAAAAACUAGUUCUAAAGAAGGUAGUGCUUCAGAAUUGACAGAGGUACAGCCAGAAACUUGUCUCACCCACACAGAAACUAGAAGUAGCGUAUUAGAAGCUCAAGAAAAAGUUCAACCUGAACCUUCAGGCCAUACAGUUUUAGAUAACCAAACCCAAAGGCAGGAAGUUGAAUGGCUAGUUAAUGCCCGUUCUGCAAACAUUGUUGAACUCGGAUCCAGUGUAGAAUUAGUAGAUGAAGUUGAAAAAAAAUCAUUAGGACACACUGGAUCUAAUACAACAUUAGAUAAUAGUUUUAUCAAAAGAGAAUCAGAAGAUGUGAAACACAAUAAGACUCCCUCCCAGAAAGCGGAGCUCGAGUUCAGAAGCACUGAUUUCAGUUUGGUGGAUACCAAGGUCAAACAUGAGUGCUUCAGCAGCCUUACAGCAGGACUUUUAAAUGAGAGUACGGAAGAAGUCUCAAAAGUAGAAACUGUUGCGUCCAUUAGGCUGGAGCCCAGUAAACUGAAGAAGCUGGGGACUGGAAAGCCAGGGGAUGAAACAGAGAUUACUGAUAUUGCUCCAUUGACUUCUAGUACUCAAGAUCAGUUUUGCACACGUGUUUCUCCAACAGCUGUGUCACAGCUUGGGUUGCAGUCCUCGGAUAGUGACGCUACAGAAGCGGUCACGCCAGUUCCAGAUACACAGGGCGUUUCUGCCGUGUCCGAGAUGCUCCUGCGCGUGGAGGAGAGCAAAGGUGGUGCUGCUGAAAUGCCAUCACCGAGUUGUGAUGGAGGCAGCACUGACAGCCAGCCUCCUGGGCAUGUGGAAACUUUCCUGCCUGGGCUCAAAGAAACACAUGGAAAGGAGGGUGGCUCAGGAGGCAAAGGACCAUGUGCCAUCCACAGCAAGAAGACUGAGCAAACAGAAACUGCUGACGGUAGUUUGGAAGAUACGGGGACUUCAGGAAUCACUGAAAGCUUAGCAGAAAGCCCAGUGGGUUGA